AUAGCUCCCCACAUGCUGUUUCCUGUCACAGGGAACUCUGGCUCUAUGGCUACCAAGAUCCCACAUAAGAAAUGCAGGAAAUGUCAGCAUGAGACACACCAUACUAAGAGCAUCCUGUGCCAGAUCCUUAACAAAGAGUAUGGAAGUGAGACCAAGUGGCACCAGCAGCAUCACAGUCCCCACUGCUCCACAGGAAUCAAGGACUGCUGUUGCUUGGACAGGAGAAGAGUUGUCCUGAAAACACCAGAAGCCAUGUGCAGAAGAGCCUCUGGAGUGCUCUUGAAGACUUCAAUUUUUAUUAGAAACUUGCCUUCUUUUUAUCACAUGCCUUUGGAUGAUUGGCUUGUUCUCAUACAGCAGAACUGGGCCCCUCUUUUUGUCCUGGGCAUGGCACAAGAAGGGGUGGAUUUUGAUCUGAGAGAGAUUUCAGUCCCUAGUUUAUUGAAAAAAAUCCUCCUCAAUCAGUCUUUGACAGCUAACAAUGAUCUGGGCAGCUCAUCACCAGGAGCAUCUUUGGCAAAAGUUCAGAAGAUGAAGAAUCUCUUGUGGAAAUGCUGGGACCUGGACAUAAGUGCAAAAGAAUAUGCCUAUCUUAAAGGAAUUAUUAUUUUUAAUUCUGGACGCUGUGUCCUAAAAUGUCUCCCAUAUGUACAAACACUGCAGCAGGAAGCUCAGCAAGCCUUGAUGGAGUUUGUCUCAACAAUGUUCCAUGGAAACCUGGGCAGGUUUGCUUCAAUUCUUCAGCUGAUUGCCUCUCUUCGAGACAUUGAUGCAGAUGCUAUUGAAGAGCUCUUCUUCAGGCCCCUCCUAGGAGAGGCCAUCCUAAAUGUAUUACUUCUAGAAACACUAUAUAUCAAGCCAGACCGCCUUCGAAAACACAUGACAUCUGAGCUCUCAAAUACCUAUUUUGAAGAGAUGAGAGGUUAUUAUGAACUAAAUAAACACAUUUCAAACAAAUCAUUGAUGCAUCUUUCAAUGAAAUGUGGGUCUGGAUACUGCACUGACUUGUGCAAUACCGCUUCUCUGGCUAUGGAUACUAGUGCAACAGAUGGACAGCCGCGGCUGUGGCAGCACCGCAAGAGCUACGACGCGCCCGCGCCGCUCACCGCCCCCGCUCACCGUCCCCCUUCCGCCUGCGCGGCGCACGCGCAGCAAAACCCCCGUUCCUCUCCCCCUCCUUCCCCUUCCACCCACCGCGAGACGGCCUCUGAUUGGUCCGUCCCCCGCCCGCCGUGGCCAAUCGGAAGGCCGUCCCGGGACCCCGCCUCUUUAGAACGUGCGGCGGUGGCGGCGGCCCCGGAGAGCGGCGUUGGGAUGGCGGCGGCGGGGUGGGCGCUGCGCGGGGCGCUCCCUGCGAGGCUCUGGGGCCGCCUGUCCCCGCUGCCGGGCGCGCCCCGCCGGGCCGCCGCUCACUUCGCUUUCCAGCCGGACCCGGCACCCAGCGAGCCGUGUGACCCCGCUGUGACCUCGGCGCUUCCAGCCCUCGGGUUUUCCGCGGAAGUCCUUGGCUGUGGGUGGGAAGGCCCCCGGGGGCCGCUGGCGGGGCCGCUGGUGCCUCGGGUGGUGAAACGUUUCGGGCGGUCAGUGCCAGACCUGCGCCAGGCCGGCCCCUCGUCUGCUCAGACCUGCGAGGCCUUCCCCGGCCCCUCUCCCAGCGAUAACGCAUCUGGCGGUAACCUACUCACUGACAUCCUCCCCGAGCUUUGUACUGCCUACUUAGGUCAUGACCGUGAUAAUAAACCUGCGGUGAAUAAAGGCUGCUGUCCGAUGAAAAGUUCGAGGUCGUCCCUGUGGUCACAUGGUUGA